AUGUCAGAUCUGACGACCGACGAGGGUAACGACCAAAUAGAAUGCGUGCUACAAAAAUUAAUGAAUGACAUAGUCAUCAAAAAACAGGUGUCCAGGAAUUGGCUGUCCAGGAAAAACGUGUUCAAAGACACCAUGGCCAUGGUCCGCCUGAACCAGGCGCUGUCCCGGGAUCCAGACGCGUUCCAUGCGCUGUUCGACAUGUUCAUGACGGCUGUCCAUAGUAAAUCGAUGGACAAACCGGACUCGAUCAAGGCUGAGUUACUGUCCGUGGUCGACCGAGUCCAAUCGUUCGACGAGCUAAGGGCCAUGGUAGAUGCGAAUACCGGUGACAUUGUGGCGCCCGAGCUGAUCGAACACCUGUUGUCGAAAAUCGACGACGGCGUCGAUGGUGGCGAUGGCGGCGAUGGUGACGAUUGCUGCGAUGGUGGCCUGAAUUUCCGGACAGUGCCGUUCCCGAGUUUUGUGGUCGCUGCCUCCGGCCCCCGACUACCCCUGCAAAACACCUUCACGUUCGCAAUGGGUCCACGAUGUGACGGCGACGACGGUGGCCUCCAAGGCGAGGAACUGCUCAUCUACGUGCCGGUGACCAGUACGACGGGCGCGUACGGCGCGCUGGACUGGAGGCCGAUGCCGCCCGAAGUCGAAUCGUCCGUAAAUCUGAACGUUGCGCUCGUCAUGGCCAGGUGGAUAGACAGCUGGGGCGACACGAGCCUGUUCGGUGCGGGCCGGUACAGGGCCGUGCUCGUGUGCCACGCGCGCCGGUCGACCCUCGACUGUCGGCUGCCCUACAAAAUCGGGCCGCCCCGGUACCUAGUGGUGUGCGCGGAGCAGACGAGGGCCAAAACGGCGCAGUGUCUAGAAAAAUUACGCGUCCACCACAAGGACAACAACGUAUGUUCUGUCCAGCUCAAACUUCCGUGGCAGAAGUUGGUUUUGGGCGCGUUGGUGCUGGUCGGCGGGUAUAUAAUGGCGAACCGGUACGGCGUUUCCGUGGUUUGGGAGCCCACAAACCACUGGCGCAGUUAUGCUUUAAGGCUGUGCAGACCUACUGUUUUAUUUUAA